AUGCCUGCGCCUGUCAGUCUCCGUCUGCCUCUCACAGCGCUGUGCCUCCUGGUGCUCAGCUCUGCGCUGUGCGUGACUGAGGUACUCGGAUGGGGCUGCGUGGGCCACAUGCUCUUCGCCGAGAUCGCGCGCCGCCAGCUGGACGAUAAAAACAAGGAAAAGAUUCAGGUGAUGGCGGCAGUAUUUUCGGACAACGGUCCGUUCCCGACGUCCCCGGACAUGGUGCAAGCGGCAUGCUGGGCGGAUGACGUGAAGCUUUGGCGUCAGUACGCCAUGCGCACGUGGCACUAUUACGAUAAGGUGUACAACCCCGAAAACAUCAAUAUCACCGAUCCGGUCGAUACAGUGAACGCCCUGACCGCGAGCCGCAGUAUGGUGACCUCGCUUAAGAACCCGAAAGCGCCGCUGUACUUGUUGAACUUUGCUUGGGUGAACCUGGUGCACAUCUUUGGCGAUCUGCAUCAGCCCCUGCACACGAUAUCUAGGUACUCUGCCACAUACCCGCACGGGGAUCAAGGAGGCAACGCGGUUACGGUUCGUGCAGGCAGAAGAAAGGUGAAGCUGCAUGCCCUCUGGGAUAAUAUUUGCACUGCCACGCCUCCACGCUACCAGCGGCCCCUCUCCUACACCGACCUCUUCGCCCUCUCUGCGACAGCGGACCGGCUGCUGGAAACUUACACGUUUUCAGAGAAGUUGCGGACACUCGUGAGCGUGAAGGCGAUUCAUGAGGAGAGCUACAUGUUUGCGGUAAACAGCAGCUACCCCGGCGUCACACCAGGUGCGACUCUCAGUGAUGCCUACCUUGAUCAAUGCAAGCGUGUCGCUGAGGCUCGACUGACGCUUGGCGGAUACCGCCUCGGCUACCUUCUGAAUCAGCUGCUGUCGGGCAUCAAUGUGGACGAGGCCGCACUGGAGGCGCACCGCGCUGCGCGUCCGAAGUGGAGCGCGUAA